AUAAGGACAACAGAUUAACAAUGGAACCAUCAAAAGAAUAUGUAUUCAAAUACAAAGGCUUUUAUUUUGGUGUAAUUACUUCAGUUGAGCACAUAGCUUCCCUGGAGGAUUUUGAAAUCAAAGACAGUGACAUAUUUGUAGCUACUUACCCAAAAUCUGGAACUGUGUGGACUCAGAACAUUGUGAACUUAAUACUUCAUGAAGGCCACCGUAAUGGAACAGAAAAUGUGGAGAAUAUAGACAGAAUGCCAUGGCUGGAAUACAACAUAAAAAACGUGGAUUUUACAACUCUUCCUUCACCUCGUACUUUUGCCACUCAUCUGCCUUACUACUUAGUUCCAAGAGACCUGAGAAACAGAAGAGGACGCGUUAUUUACGUUAGCAGGAACCCUAAGGAUGUUAUGGUUUCUUACUACCACUUCUCCAAAUAUGUCUCCACACUAGAGAACAUACCAGAUUUUAACCUUUUCAUGGAGAGAUUUUUAGCUGGAAAAGUACUUGCCAGUUCGUGGCUGGAUCACGUUGCAGGCUGGUACAAUCAUGCAGAGGAUUUCAAUAUACUCUUCCUUACCUAUGAAGAAAUGAAAAAGGAUCUGAGAAGUGCUGUUCUGAAGAUCUGCAAAUUCAUAGGAAAGGAGCUGAAUGAAGAGGAAGUGGACAGUGUUGUGAGACAGGCUACAUUUGAGAACAUGAGAAAAGAUCCCAGGGCAAACUAUGAGAACCUGCCAGAUAACGUGACAGCAAGAGAUAAUGGUACAUUUCUACGAAAAGGCACUAUUGGAGACUGGAAAAACAUCAUGACAGUGGCGCAGAGUGAAAAGUUUGACAAGGUUCUUAAAGAGAAAAUUAAGAACCUGCCCAUCAAAUUCAUCUGGGAUAUUCACGAUGAAAUGUAG